CGUUGUAAAAAAUCGAUGAACGAUAAUCUGGAGUAUAAAAACAUUUGUCAACCCCAUUGACAAAACACGUUGACAGAAUGAAGUUGCUCUUCUUAAUACUCGCGGUCGGCGCGGCCACCGCUUCUCUCGAGGAGGAAGAAUACAUUCCAUCUUACGAAGGAGCUAAGGUCUACCAAUUGGCACCCGCCAACGAGGAACAGUUCUCCGAACUUUUCCAAUACUAUGGAAAGGAAGGUCACGAUUUUCUGAGGACCAGUCGCGCCCUGGGUGAUACAACUGAUGUUCUGGUAUACCCUGACAACAUCGAACCCUUCGAAAACUUCCUUGCCGAAAGUGGAAUCCAAUCUUCAAUAUUGACUGAGAACGUUCAGAAUGAAAUAGACGAAGAAGCAGCUCGUCAACGUUCGGCUCCCAAAGCUAACGGACGCUCAAUUUCUUUCAACUCCUACCAACGAUACGACGAUAUCGUUGCCUACCUGCGCCAAGUUGCCGCCAACAACCCCCGAGUCGCGAGUGUCUUCGAAAUCGGUUCCACCACCGAAGGACGCCCAAUUGUCGGUUUGAAACUCUCCUCAGGAGGAUCCAACAAACCAGCUAUUUUGAUCGACGGUGGAAUUCAUGCCAGAGAAUGGAUCGCACCUUCAUCGGUUGUUUAUUUCAUAAAUCAACUGGCUGAGAACAGCGCCAAUUCGGACUUGUUGAGUAAAGUCGACUGGUACAUAAUCCCCGUGCUGAACCCCGACGGUUACGAAUACACCCACACCAGCUACCGACUAUGGAGGAAAACGCGUUCCAUCAACAGAGGAAGUUCCUGCCGCGGUACCGAUCCUAACAGGAACUUCGGUUACCACUGGAUGGACGUUGGUGCUUCUAGCUCACCAUGCGCCGAAACUUAUGCCGGAAAAACCGCUUUCUCUGAACCGGAAACUGCAGCUCUCCGCGAUUUCGUGCUUAAGAAUUCUAAGACCAUUAAAUUAUACCUGACCUUCCACUCCUACGGAAACUAUCUCCUCUACCCAUGGGGCUUCACGUCAGCUCUCCCCAGCAAUAACGCAGAACUGAAAUCACUCGCCGUCCAGGUCAAUAAGGCCAUAUCAAGUGUUCGAGGAACUCGUUACACGAUCGGUACCUCCACCAACGUUUUGUACGCGGCUGCAGGUGGCAGCGACGACUGGGUAAAGGGUGUUGGAGGUGUCGAACUUUCUUAUACUGUGGAAUUACCGGGAGGUGGAAGCGCUGGAUUUAACAUCCCAGCUUCUCAGAUCAUUCCGGUAGGUAGAGAAACCUUCCUGGGUAUUCGUGUAUUCGGUGAAUACAUCGCUGACAAAUUCGGCAAAUAAAUAUAAGGGUUGAUGACCAACGAUGAUGUUUUUCUCGUGUAAAUGAUGCAAUAAAUUCAACAAACUAA